AUGCAAAAUACUAACCGUAAUAAUAGUAAUAGUAGUAAGAAUAAUAGUGAUAAUCAUCAUCAACAACAACAACUACAACGACAACGACAAGUUAAUCAAUAUCAAUCUAUUACAUUACCACCAUUACAAUAUCAAUCUAAUACUCACGAAUCGAUAGUAUUACCUUCGCAACAACCUAAAAGAGGUCGAUCUGAACAUUUUAAUUCACAAUUCCAACGUAAUAUAAAUUCAAGACCAGUGUUAUUACCAAGUUCUCGUGAUAAUAAUAACACCACAAAUAUACCUAUACCUAUAAUUUUACCAAGUAGUACCAAUUCUAACAAUCCAAUUACUUCUAGUAGCAAUUCAAGAAUGUUUUCACCUAAUCCUGUGAGUCCAUUAUAUCCCGUGGUCACCACACCAUCAUCAGCAUUAUCACCACCAACACAACACCAUCAACAACAACAGCAACAAUUACAUAAAAAAUUCAAAACAUCAAAUUCAGGUUCCAAUACUCCGAUUACUGGUGGUGGAAUUGGAUCUCCUAGUACUACUAGUUAUUUAGCUAAUUCUGCUAAUAUCAGUUAUACUAGAAGUCAACCAUUAAAAGAUAACAACCAAACAUCUUCCACAACUAAGGAUAAUAAUAACACGAUAAUUGAAAAUGAAGACCAGAAGUUUUUCCGAUUAGCAAAAGAAGCAUUAGUAGCUACUGCCAAGGGAGUUAAGACGAAUCAUUCCAAUAAUAAUGGUAAAUUUGGUAAUAAUACUUCUAAGAUUGAUAUUAAUAAUCAUAAUAAGAACAACAACAACAAAAGUGAUGGUAAUGAAACCAUACUUGAUUCUACAAUUGCAGAUUUAUUAAGAAGAUUACAAUAUGCUAGUGCUCCUCAUGGUAAUCCCAUUGGCCAAAUAAGUGGACUUCAAACUAAUUCUAAAGGAUUACUUGAAGUACAAGAUGAAUACUCUAAUUUCCCUGAUUUACAAAACAAUAAUUUUUUCAAAGUUAAUAAUGGUGAUAAUAAUAAUACUAGUAAUAGCAAGUUUAGUAAUAAUUAUCAUCAUCCAUCAGGUAAUGAACCAGGAUGGAAUUUUUUACUUGAUGAAGCAUCAACGAAAACAACAUCAAACAAUACACGAUCAACAGGAACAACAGGAACAGGAAUAGGAGCAACAACCAAUAUAAUAUCAGAAUCAGAAUCGGAAUUAAAAGUGAAACGAGAAUCAAGUAUUGCCAAUAUAAUCAAUCCCUCAACAACAACAACUUCCACAACAACUAAUAAGAAUAACAAUAACACUUCAUCAUCUACUAAAACUAGAAAAUAUUCUCAAGAUCCAACAAGAAAAUUUCCUUGUGAUAAAUGUCCCAUGUCAUUUCGUCGAUCAUCAGAUUUAAAACGUCAUGAAAAACAACAUUUAACUAUCCCACCUAAUAUUUGUCAAUUUUGUGGUAAAGGUUUUGCUAGAAAAGAUGCUUUAAAAAGACAUAUUGGGACUUUAACAUGUAAAAGAAAUGCUGAUAAGAAAUUAUAUAUUGAAAAUUUAAAUUAUUUAAAUAAUUCAAGUCAAGAUGAUGAUGAUGAAGAGGAGGAGGAUGAAGAAGAAGAAGAAGGAUUGGAACAGGAUAGAUUGUAUAAGAAGAGGAGGAAGAGUAAUAAUAAUAAUCAAAUAAUUAAAGAAGAAGGAUUUGAACAUAAUGAUGACGAUGAUGAUGAUGAUGAAGAGGAUGAAGUGAAACGAGAAUUUCCAACUUAUGGAUAUCAACAGAAUUGA